CCAGCCAACAGCUGAGGGGGCGGGUCACGUGACGGCUCUACAGCCGUGGCGGUUGCUGUCAGCUGAUCCCUUGGGCUUGGAGGGGUGGUGGCGGCAACCAUGGACUUUCUCCUGGGGAACCCAUUCAGCUCUCCUGUGGGACAGCGCAUCGAGAAAGCAACUGAUGGAUCCCUGCAGAAUGAGGACUGGGCUCUCAACAUGGAGAUCUGUGACAUCAUUAAUGAAACAGAAGAGGGGCCCAAAGAUGCAGUAAGAGCCCUGAAGAAGAGGAUUGUGGGCAAUAAGAACUUCCAUGAGGUGAUGCUGGCACUCACGGUCUUAGAAACCUGUGUUAAAAACUGUGGCCACCGCUUCCAUGUCCUCGUGGCCAGCCAGGACUUCGUGGAGGGGGUCCUGGUGAGGACCAUCUUGCCAAAGAACAACCCCCCCACCACCAUCCACGACAAGGUUCUGACACUCAUCCAGGCCUGGGCAGAUGCCUUCCGAAGCUCGCCCGAUCUGACGGGAGUUGUGGCUGUCUACGAAGAUCUGAGGAGGAAGGGCCUGGAGUUUCUGACAGACCUGGAUAUGCUGUCCCCCAUCCACACGCCCCAGAGGUCUGUGUAUGGCUCCGAGUCCCCACCAGGGCAGAAUCCGGCACUAACCCAGUGCAGCCAGCGCACGAGCCCCCCGCAGCACAGCGAGCCCCUGCCAAACGUGCCGUCUGCCCCUGACGACGUGCCCGUGAUGCCCACACCAGAGCAGAUUGGGAAACUGCGCAGUGAGCUGGAGGUGGUGAAUGGCAAUGUGAAGGUGAUGUCUGAGAUGCUGGCUGAGCUGGUGCCUGGGCAGGCAGAACCCUCGGACCUUGAGCUGCUCCAGGAGCUGAACCGAACGUGCCGGGCCAUGCAGCAUCGAGUCCUGGAGCUGAUCCCGCGAGUCCUCAACGAGCAGCUGACGGAGGAGCUGCUCCUCGUCAACGACAACCUCAACAACGUGUUCCUGCGCCACGAACGGUUUGAGCGGUUCCGAACCGGCCAGCCCACCAAGGUCCCAAGCCAGGGGGAGCCUGCCAGCAAUCUGAUUGACCUCAGCUCGGGGCCUGCCCCCGCCUCGGGCCCCCUCCCCACUCAGCUGGCCAGCAUGAACCUGGGCCCUGGCGGAGGCGGCGGUGCCACCCUGCAGUCUCUGGAAACCCCAGCAAAACUGGAAGACGAGUUUGACAUGUUCGCCCUGACGCGGGGGAGCUCACUGUCCGACCAGCGCAAGGAGGUCAAGUACGAAGCCCCCCAGGCUAAGGAUGGACUGGCAGGAGCACUAGAUGCCCGGCAGCAGAACACUGGAGCGAUCCCGGUCACACAGGCAUGCCUCAUGGAGGACAUCGAGCAGUGGCUUUCCACCGACGUGGGGAAUGAAGCGGACGACUCCAAGGGGGUCACCAGCGAAGGUAAAUUCGACAAAUUCCUGGAGGAACGGGCCAAGGCUGCUGAGAAGCUCCCCACCCUCCCCAGCCCUCCAGAAGGGCCGCCCGGCUCUACCUCCCAGAAGAAGAAAGACAAAGACGAUGACUCCCUCUUUGCCUUAUGAGCCCUGGGUUCAAGGGCCCUGCACCCAAGGGGACUGGAGGCCCCUUUCCUUUUACCUGCUAGACCGAGGCCAGGACAGGGCGGUCCGGCCUCAUCAUUUAGGCUGCUUUGGGGUGGUUUGUUAGCUCUUAUCUCAGGAGGAAGCUCAGGCUGGGCCGAGGAUGAGGCAAAACUUUGUAGGGAAGACUCGGGCUGUGUCCCGGGGGGUUGGGGCCAGGGCAGAUGGCCAGAGGGCCCGGGGCCAGGCUGGCAGGGCUCUCUGCUCAUCUUCUGGCUUUUCCUUCCCUCCCCCUCUCCAGCCACUACCUCUCCUGAGUACAUGUGGCAUCGGCCUUUUCCCCUUAGUUGCCGCCUAUCCUUUGCUCCCCUCCUCUCUCAGGGCAGCUCCCUGUGUUCCUCUCCCUGGGGUGCCCUUCUCUGCCCCCCUCCAAGAAGGGGCAGGGCCAGGGUUGGCCCCCCACAUCCCCUCUUGGGUUUCUGAUGCUGCUUCUGGAUCCAGUCCCUGGAUAAUCAGUCCCGUCUCUGCCCAUGCCCAGGAAUGCUGCACGAGCUACGCAGGCUGGCCCAGGCCCUUGGGCUGCAGGAUGCCAGGGCCCACGUGGGCCCUUUCCUAGCUGCAUAGUCCAGGUGAGGGCUGAGGCUGCCUUGGUCCUGCACUUCCUAGGGUGAGCCAGGCCCCCUCUGCCCUGGGCCAGGGCUGACAAAUGUGCCUUAGAGCUCCCUGCUCAUCCGAGAGCCUCCCCACCCCCAGGAUCCCCUCUCUCCCUGGGGAAUAGGCCCAAGGAUCCAUGGCCAGGCAGCCUCUUCAGCAACCAGGAACACACGAGGGCGGAAGUUGGGACCUAGCUGGGCCGGGCUGACUCGGGAGCCCGCAUACCUGGGAGAUUGGCCUUUUGUAUUAUUACAUAUUAAAGGUGGAAAAGCAA